ACUUCUCGGGAGGACCAGUGGCAGGUGCUGCAGGCUGGGCCCGGCUGAGCAGCUCAGCGUGUGCGGUGGCCAUGGCUGGGGGAGUGUGGGGCCGGGCCCAGGGAGCCCCUGUGGGGGCCCUAACCCUGACAGCUCUGGCUGAAGGGAUCCGGGCCAGCCGGGGGCAGCCCCUGGGACCCCCUUCCACGGGCUCUCUGCCAGAACCUGAGGCAGAGCCUCAGAGUGCAGCCAGCAUCCCCACGGCCGGCAGUGAGCCCUGCUCCCCACCCAGCACGCAAGAGGCAGCCCCUGGGGAACCCCAUCAGGCCCCUCAGAGUUCCCAAGAGGAAGGGGCCCUCGCCGACCUGGCAUUGUACACAGCUGCCUGCUUGGAAGAGGCUGGCUUUGCAGGGACCCAGGCAACAGCGCUCACCCUGUCCUCAGCCUUGGAGGCCCGAGGGGAGCGGCUGGAGGACCAGGUGCGUGCCCUGGUGCGCGGGUUGCUGGCGCAGGUGCCCAGCCUGGCCGAGGGGAGGCCCCGGCGGGUGGCCCUGCGGGUGCUGAGCGCACUGGCCCUGGAGCACGCACGGGACGUGGUAUGCGCGCUGCUGCCGUGCUCCGUGCCCCCGGACUGGGCGGCAGCAGAGCUGUGGCGCAGCCUGAGCCAGAACCAGCGUGUGAAUGGGCGGGUGCUGGUGCAGCUGCUGUGGACGCUCAAGGGUGCCGCUGGGCCCGAGCUGGAGGCACUGGCUGCCACUCGCGCCCUUGGGGAGAUGCUGACUGUGUCUGGCUGCGUGGGCGCCACGCGGGGCUUCUACCCAAAGCUGCUGCUCGUACUGGUCACACAUUUGCAUCAGCUGGCGCGGGGAGUGCACUCCCCUGACACCCCCAAGGUUUGGGCCCCAUCCCACCACGGACCACCGCACAGCCAUGCUAGCUGCGCCGUGGAGGCCUUGAAGGCCCUGUUCACUGGGGAUGGUGGCCGCAUGGUAGUCACGUGCAUGGAGCAGGCUGGAGGCUGGAAGAGGCUGGUGGGAGCCCACACCCACCUGGAGGGCGUCCUGCUGCUGGCCAGUGCCAUGGUGGCGCACGCCGACCACCACCUGAGAGGCCUGUUCGCUGACUUGCUUCCCCAGCUGCGCAGCGCCAACGACACGCAGCGUCUCACGGCUAUGGCCUUCUUUACAGGACUGUUGCAGAGCCGCCCCACCGCACGGCUCCUGCAGGAGGAGGUCAUCCUGGAGCGGCUCCGCGCCUGGCAGGGCGACCCUGAGCCCACCGUGCGCUGGCUCGGCCUGCUCGGCCUCAGCCACCUCGCGCUGAACCGCGAGAAGGUGCGGCACGUGGUCACGCUGCUGCCCGCGCUCCUGCGCGCGCUGGGCGAGGGCGACGCGCGGCUCGUGGGCAGUGCGCUGGGCGCGCUGCGCAGGCUUCUGGGGCGGCCGCGGGCCCCGGUUCGGCGCCUGAGCGCGGAGCUGGCGCCGCGCCUUCCGCCGCUGCUGGACGAUGCCCGGGACUCGAUCCGCGCCUCGGCGGUCGGGCUCCUCGGGACGCUGGUGCGGCGGGGCCGGGGCAGGCUCCGGGUGGGGCUCCACGGACCUCUGCGGAAGCUGGUGCUGCAGAGUCUCGUUCCGCUGCUGUUGCGCCUGCACGAUCCCAGCCAGGACACCGCUGAGAGCUCGGAGUGGACUCUGGCCCGCUGUGACCAGGCCCUGCGCUGGGACCUACUGGAGGAGAUGGUCACUGUGGCCCACUACGACAGCCCUGAGGCCCUAAGCCGCAUCUGCCACUGCCUGGUUCAGUGGUACCCCAGUCGCAUGCCCAGCUUCCUGAGCCAGACCCAGGGCUACCUGAGGAGCCCGCAGGUCCCCCUGCGCCGGGCAGCUGUGGUGCUUAUAGGCUUCCUCAUCCAUCACUCCAGCCCCAGCCAUGUUGGCCAGGACCUGCUGGACUCCCUGUUCCAAGACCUGGGGCAGCUGCAGAGCGACCCAGAGCCGGCUGUGGUUGCUGCAGCGCAUGUGUCCGCCCAGCAGGUGGCGCUGCUGGCCCACAUGCAAAGCCGUCCCUGCGGCCUGCGCCUCUGCCCCCUCAGCUGGAAACCCGGCCACCCCACCAGGCCCUUGCCGGUCUAUGCAGACAGCCCCUUCCAGCGGCGGAGUCUCGCAGGCCGCUGGUGCUGUUCAGGACCCAGCUGAGCCUGACCGCAUGCUCACCCACAUGGGUCUGAGUUGGGCACCCCACCACACUGUGGCCAGUCCUGGUAGGGGCAUAUCUCCAGAAGAUGCUCCCAUGAGGGGCACCCUGGGCCUGGUGCUGGACGCUGGUGCCUGCCCCCCUGGAGUCCCCUCUACACAAGGCCUGGUGUGCACAGUGACUGCUUUCCAGGAGCUCACCACCACAACAGCUGCCUGACCUAGAGAGAUGGCAGCGCCUUGCAUCUGAGCACCAUUUCACCCUCAGCCCCUUGCCUUUUGCACCCCUGGGUCCAUUUGUUCCUCCUCAGACCUGUUGCUCUCCCAGCCCCUGGAGUGUGCCCUGCCCCCCAACCUGGGUCUGGUGGGGGACACUGGGACACAGCCUUGUAAGCUGGGGCCAUGAUAGGCCACCCACUUCUUGGGCCUCCACCCCCAGCCUG